AUGACGGCCACCGCCCCCUCUACCUCGGCGCUUUCCAUGGCUCCGCCCAGCCCGUCCCUCUCGGGCUACGCCCCCUCGACGCCCGCCACUUCGAUCCGGCCUUCAGAGUGGCCCUGCGACGCCGCCGCUCCAAAGACCGGCCAGCCCGCUUCCGCCCCCGCCCUCGCCCCCGCCGCAGCCUCCGCCUCCGCUUCCGCUUCCGCUUCCGCCGCGCCUCGCCCCACCGCCACGGAUCGACACGAGUAUGCGCCGAGACCAGCGACGAGCGAGUUUGCGUGGCGCAAGACGCCCGACGGCUCGCCCGACGGCAAGCAGCACUGGUACCGCAGGCAGGACACCUUUGGCGAACACUGCCUGCUCUGGCAGAAGCGCUUCCCCGGCCACGCCGACAUGUACUCGUCCAUGCUGCUCUACGAAAAGUCGAUCCCCGAUGGGGCCGCCGUAGCUUCCGGCCCCUCGACCUCGACCUCGACGGACCGGAGCGCCGCGGUCCCCGCCGACAUCACCGUCGACCACGUCCGCGAGACGAUGAGGAGGAUGCGCUCCCUCUUCCCCUUUGUCGCUAUGGAGCUCGUCAAGCGGUCCGACCUGUUCGGCGUCGACCCGAUCCCCGAUAUCCCGCGCACCAUCAGCAAGCACAUCGACCUCCAGGUGGCCCUCGCCUACCAGAUCGUCCACACCGACCGCGAGGUCGAGAGCUGGCUCGACGAGAUCAUCGUCGUCCACCGCGAGCCGAGGACGCGCGACAAGGUCGAGGGACCGGAGCAGCAGGAAGACGCCGACUUUGUCGCGCAGAUGUCGAGGCGCGACACCGACUGCAACCGCCUCAUCGUCCACUUCUGGCCGGGCUCGAGGGCCGACGGCAUCCCGCCCAGGCUGACCCUGGAGCAGUGCCACAGCAACGCCGACGGCGUCGGCUCCGCGCUCCUUAUCGACGACCUCGUCGCGGUCCUGGCCGACGUCAUGGCGGACCCCACGCCGGCGCCGAUCCAGUGGGGUCCCGAGGUCUGCCGGCUGCCCGACUCGUUCCAGGACGCCGUGGCGGACCAGCACGACACCUGGAAGGUGACCAAGGACGAGAUGCGUGAGAUCCAACGUGGCAAGAGCGAACAGCUCAACGGCAAGGCGACGGCACCCAACGUCGUGGACCGCAUCGGCACCAAAGUCGUGGCUUUGACGCAGCGCAACAGCAACAGCAAGAACUGGCUCGUCCGCAACGUGCUCAACAAGCCGCUCCUGGCCAUCUGCAGGUCCGAGGCAGAGAGCGGCAGGAUGCUGCCCCUUGGCGUGCUGCCCCACUGUAAAGAGGCGUACAAGGGCCCAGUCGGCGGUACGGGCACGCUCACCCACGUCCUGGCGCCGCACGAGGCCAAGGCGUUCAUCGCCGCGGUCAAGAGCAAUGGCCUCACCCCGGCACCCGUCCUGGAGGCGGCGAUGCACAUGGCGACCAACUGGGUGCGCCGAGAGCGCGGCCUCAACAAGCACGACGGCGACAAGGCCGAAAACCGCGUGUUUGGGUCGAUGAGCAACUCCAUCAGCCGGCGCGAGCUGCUGCGGCCGGACCAGAAGCGCUACCACGGCCUCGGCAUCACGGGCAUCCCGUCCAAGAUUGGGGCCGACGAGGUGCGGUGGAGCGACCAUGCCCGGUCGCACGCCCGCCCUUCGCGCCUCGAUCCGCGCGACCAGGUGCCCGGACAGAUGCACGCCUCGGACCUCGAGGCCCUCAACGGCGCCGCGCGCAACCUGUCCAAGCAGUACGCGGCAGGGCGCGACAACCCCAACUGGCUGCGCUUCUACAUGGUCAACGCCCGCGGCCUCAUGGAGGCCGAGCUCCUCUUCCUCACCAGGCGCCAAUGCUACCCCUCGAUGCCCUGGCUCUCGUCGAUGGGCAGGAUCGAGGCCAACCUGAAGCCCUCCCGGCCGAUCCCCGGCACGUCGCGGACGCUCGAGGUGUACGACCUGCGCAUCCGCGGCCGCAUGGCCAUCCGCCAGCCUGCGCUCCACGUCUACUCGCUGCGCGGCGAGAUGAUCUGCCACUUUAGCUACGCCGACUGGCUCUACGACCUGCCCGGCUGCGACGGCCGGCGCAAGCACCGCAGGGGCAGGCGCCAGAGCGGAGACGAGUGGGAGCGCGACCAGAGCAUCCUCCAGCUCUGCCUCGACGUCUUUGUCCAGAUCCUGCGCGACUAUGCCGCCCAGAGCGCCGGCGGGCAGCCCGCUGCGGCUGCGAUUGCGGCGUAG